AUGUCCAUUUUCGAAGACGCCCGCAAAGACACUCUCGAUAAGCGCCGCUUGGAUGACCAUCGGCUCAAGGAUUCGGCUGUCCUCACUCGUUUGGAUCCGGCCACAGGCUACACCCCUCUCGCGACAGCUGUUGCUGGUCACGCCUACCUUGCCCGGGAUCUAAUUGAGUGGGGAGCCGACCCGGCUGGGCUCUCUGGUGAUGGCGAGACUCCCCUUCUUCUCGCUGCUUGGAAAGCAGAAAAGGAACAGGCACUGUUGAUCCACUAUUUACUCAGGUACGCCCCAAAGACAGUCGACAUGACGUGCCAGGCCGCCGGCAACAAGACUCCUCUCAUGUUUGCCGUGGAGAAGGAGGAUCUGAGAUCGAUUCGAGAGCUGAGGAAACACGGAGCUUCGGUUGGCAUCAAAGACGACGAUGGGUUUUCAGCUCUGCAGAGAGCCGAGGCCCAGGCAGGUGGAAAGGGGAGGAAGAGUUUGGUCAUGCUUGCGCUUGACCCGAUCCAGGAAAAGGCGGUUCGAAAUAAAGUGGCCAUGUUUGCGCUCAACAGCGUACUGUUGGUCGUCUCGAUAGCCGACAAGCUCAUCAAAGGGGCUUUGAGGGCCAUUUCGAGGUGGAAUCCAUCCAAGCUGUUCAAGAGAAAAAAGGUCAAAGUGCCUGCUGCCCUCGAAGGCGAACCGAAGACAAAAGACGAGUUCGUGGGGAAGGUGGACACUUUCAUCAAGGAUGGAGGGGUUCUGGAGAGAUUCUUUAAAGACAAGAUCGACUUUGUUCAGACGAUAGCGAAAAAGACGGUUGACCUCUCCAAUGAUACCAGCACCUCACUCGGAGAACCGGAAGUUCUCCCUAAAACCGUGAAGGUCAACCUUCAUCAGCAGGUUAUCUACUGUGACGAUAGCUCAUCAAUGAACAGGCAAGGUCGUUGGGAAAGCCAGAGAGAACUCAUUAAGCGCAUAGCUCGCAUAGCCACAACAGUUCUUCCGGACGAUGAGGGCGUCGAAUUAUGCUUCAUUAACCAAAAUGUAGGGAGCGCGUCAAAUCUAAGUGUGGAAGAUCUUCAACGGAUCACUGAGCCACUCAGACCUCGUGGCGAUACCCCUAUUGGCACAUCUCUUAAGUCGAAGAUCCUUCAACCGCUCGUAUAUCAGAAGUUGGAGGCCGGAUUAUUUGAGCGUCCUCUGCUUAUCACCAUCAUCACGGACGGCAUGCCUGAGCCUGAGCCGAGGGAUACACUGGUGAAUGCUAUUGUUGAAUGUGGUCAAAGGUUGGAGGAAAAGGGAUUUCCUCGCAAUUGCGUGAAAUUCGUGAUCGGCCAAGUUGGCACAGCGGAUGCGGCGACCAGGUUCCUUGACUCGCUAAGAGCCAACGACGCUAUCCGUCCUGUUACUUUUGUCAUGUCUGACCGUCUGGAUGCCAAAUAUGCGGAGUUCAAUGAGAAUACUCGAGAGCUGGACCGUUGGAAUGGUUAA